CUCCGGGUUGACUAGAAGGAACUGUGCCAGAAGCCUCAGUCCCCUGGAGAAUGGCAGUGUGACGCGCUUCCGGUCUUUGUAGUUUAUCAUCCUCUGGGCUGCUGUUGUCAAGGACUCCGAGGUGUGUCAGCUGGCCUGAUAGCCUCUCCUCCUACGGAUGCCCGAUUUCAGCCUUUCCAGAAGAAAAGAUCAAGAGGGGAUUCUUUUUCUGAAUAGUUAAGCCUAAAAUGGCCACAGCCGUGUUCCUUCAGACUGCAGAGGUACAAGAGGGACACUUGGCGGUAAAACUAGAAGAUAAAGAGGGCAGCCAUGCCUGUAGGCAAGAUUAUGGCUUAACAAGAGAUGCUAAUCCUCAUACCAGAGAGAUCUUUCGUAGACGCUUCAGGCAGUUCUGCUAUCAGGAGACACCUGGGCCACGAGAGGCUCUUCAAAGACUCAGGGAGCUCUGCCACCAGUGGCUCAGACCAGAGAUGCACACCAAAGAGCAAAUCCUGGAGCUGCUAGUUCUGGAGCAGUUUCUAACCAUCCUGCCUGAGGAGCUACAGGCCUGGGUGAGAGACCACCGCCCACUGAGUGGAGAGGAGGCAGUGACUGUGCUGGAGGAUUUGGAGAGAGAACUGGAUGUACCAGGAGAGCAGGUCUCAACCUAUUCUCAUGAACGAGAAGAAGAGUCGGUGAAAGAGAAAACAACUUUAAGAGCAACCCAGGACUCAUCAAAUGGCCAGCCCCAAACCUUGAAAAGGCAGCAUCAAAGUAACAUUCAAGGGGUGUGCCCAAUUCAGGAUACUGAUGAUGAGACUGGGACUUGGAAUGUGGAGCUUUCUCCAAAGAAGGAACUUUCUAAAGAAAUAAAAUCUCUUGUGAAAGUACCUGGUAAACUGAAUAGUGAAAUUAUUCAAAUGCCUGAAUCUGGAGACACCUGUGAACGUGAAAGUAGACUAGAAAGGCAACAGGUAAGCUCUUCGGUGGAGAGACCCUAUAUCUGUGGUGAAUGUGGGAAAAGCUUCACUCAAAAUUCCAUCCUUAUUGAGCACCAGAGAACACACACUGGUGAGAAGCCCUAUGAAUGUGAUGAGUGUGGGCGGGCUUUCAGUCAACGCUCAGGCCUGUUCCAGCACCAGAGACUCCAUACAGGGGAGAAGCGUUAUCAGUGCAAUGUUUGUGGCAAAGCCUUCAGCCAGAAUGCUGGGCUGUUCCAUCACCUCAGGAUCCACACCGGGGAAAAGCCUUACCAGUGUAAUGAGUGCAGUAAGAGUUUUAGUCGACGUUCUGUUCUCAUUAAGCAUCAGAGAAUUCACACUGGAGAAAGACCUUAUGUAUGUGAAGAAUGUGGGAAAAACUUUAUUUACCACUGCAACCUCAUCCAGCAUCGGAAAGUUCAUCCUGUCGCUGAAUCCAGCUAGCUCCUGGGAACAGGUAGGGCAGAAUUUCCUGACAUUAGAACACUAGGCUAUAUAGUAAGAUUCCUGGUUCUUUAUUUGUUUUUGAGGGAGUAAUAGUUUAAUCCUCUCGUAUAGAAAGCCCCAAUCAAAGUCAUGAAAAUUCCCUUAUUUUUAUGCUGAGAGAAGUGUAAGCAUCUUAAACAUAUCCAUCAAACUCUGUUUGGUCAGUGACAUCCAUAGUUUUAAAUACUGAAGACUGUAAUGUUGACUUCAUCAACAUAGUUUCACAAAACUUGCAAUAAGAUUUCUAGGUGUACUCCAGGAAAACAACUUCAUCCUAGUUUUUAAACCUUUAAAAGUUUGCAGCCAGGGAGAUUGCUCCAUAAGCAGAGGGCAGGACUUACAUACACAAAGCUCUGAAUUUGAUCCUGUUGGGAAACUGUGCAUAUGUGGUUGAGUUUGGCAGGACUCAUAAACCACCAUAUUUCCAUGUGAGUAUUAUUAUUUACAUAUCAAUCUUCUGCCUUGUUUUAAAAAUGACUUCUCUGCCACCACAUUAUCCCUUCAGGGUAUUGCCCAUUCCCUCCAGCAAAAACUAUAGCAACUGUAACUAAGGAAGUUCCCAGAAUGCCUUUUUCUUUUCUCCACCCUCUUCCCUAGCCAAUUCUGUCCCGACUUGCCACUUCCGUUUUUACCCUAUAAAAUCCACUGUUGUUCCUGGUUUUGCCCCUUCUUUUUGUCUUCUGUGUCCCGACCUGGAGACCUGGAGAAGGGCUGGUGUGCAUAGCAGGAGGCAGCCAUUUUGCUAGCUCCACGUGGCCUAAACCCGCUGUGCUCAUACCCGACUCUGGGAUGUCCGCAUCAAUAAAGAAUUGUAUUACCACACUGCCACGAGUUCCUGGU